CUGUCGCGCAGUGGUCGGAGCAGCUUCGUCUUGACUCGGUUAAUAAGACGCUUUCUUCAGGAGUGGAUACUUGCAGAUACUCUGGUGCUGUACCACAUCGAAUACCAGCUUCCUCCUUACGGUGACGGCAGGGCUGGUGAUGUGAGAUGAGUGGAUUCGGAGUAUUGCUGGAUCGUUGGAGGAGACUGAUCCCGGGAGCUCAGUACCGUGAGGCAGAAGCUGCUAGCAGAGAAGAAACGGCUCACCUUUCGUGCCUGACAGUGCCGGAGCUCGGACUGGCUUCUUUCAGCAGCCGCGGGUCCUCUACCUGUGGUCACGGCUAGAACUGGGAUACCUUUAUUCGCCGUCGCCGUUUAAUCUGGGAUGCUACUUCUGACUUUUGACGGGGACUAUUUUUAGAGCAUUCAUCCAACAAUCGACAACAUUAGCACUAUACGUUUAUGGCUGUUUUGUUGUGAACUGCAGUUAAGCCAAAGAACAGUGCCAGACGUGCUGCGUAUUUUCUGCCGCGAAUAAAUCGUGUUUUGGGACAAGUGCAGUUCAAAAGAGGAAGACAACAAACCAUUUCACAUUAACUACAGCCCCAUUGUUUACUUUUUCGGUUACCUUUUCUUUAUUUUUUUCUAGAUCGUUUUUUUCUCGUUUGGUUUUUAGGGUAUUUACUAAAUGGAUGCUAAUAAGCGACCGGGGCACUUGUCCCCCAGUUGAACGGAAUUAUACUCUGCAUCCCCUCGAUAACUUCUGAUCUCCAGGUUCAUUAUAGUUUGUAUAUUCACUUCACCUUUGCCGUGCAGGGUCUUUUACCCUUAUUGGCAAGCAGUGGGGGAGCUGCAGGAUUAUUCUCCGGGACUGAGGAGAAUGCAGGCCGGGAUGAGGACGCUAUGUGCGGGCAGUGGUGCGUCACUAUGCUGUCUGCUUCUACUGUGGGUGAUAUACUCCCACCUUCUGAGAGAAGGCCAGCUGCCGGUGGGCACGUGUGAGAUCGUCAUGCUGAACCGGGACAGCAGUCAGCCCAGACGCACCAUCGCCCGUCAGACCGCCCGCUGUGCCUGCCGGAGGGGCCAGAUCGCCGGGACCACCCGCGCCCGCCCCGCCUGCGUCGACGCGCGGAUCGUGAAGAGCAGGCAGUGGUGUGAGAUGACCCCCUGCACGGAGGGCGAGGUGUGCGGCCUCCUGUACAACCGCUCCGGGUGGACCUGCACCAAGGGCGGCGGCCGGAUAAAGACGGUCACGCCUUUGCCCAAGGAACCAUCUUAAAAUACACAGAAGCCAAGGGGAGGUUUUUUGGUAGUCAUGGAAAGAGGGGACCAGGAAUCAUCCACCAAGCCAGCAUCUUUUUUCCUUCAUUCACAAAUCCCACAAUGCACCACUGCCUAUAGUGGAACCUCACACCCGUCUCUGGCUGCCCUUUUGCCCCACCCAUAGCCACACCCACCCACUGAGCUGAGGGAGCGUUUCCAUUGGAGUAUGCGUCAGCUGACACUAGGAACACACGGGACUACAGACCUGAUUAUUGACCUCAACUGCUGUCUCCUCUCUGUGGAAAAACCUUCAGGUGUCAUGGACGGACUCUGGACUAUCCCUGUUUCUCAGUUGUGUGUCUGAAAUGGCCGUGUGGCUGCCACCCCCUCACCAGCUCUGAAGCCCCGCCGACCUCUCCGGCUGUGUGAUCGCUCAGUUUAAAAAAAAAGAAAGGGGGAGAGAAAGAACGUGUGUUUUCGGGAAAGAGAAAGAACGUGUGUUUCGGGAAAGAGAAAGAACGUGUGUUUCGGGAAAGAGUAAGAACGUGUGUUUCGGGAAAGAGCGGGACUGAAGGACCCGUGACCGACGCCUCGCUCGCCCACAUGUGUAAAAAGUUCUCCCGCCUCACUCUUCCACCUUCAGCUCCUGCAGAGGACAGACUCGCUCUCUCUCUCUCCCUCCCUCUUUCUCUCCCUCUCCCUCUCCCUCUCACUCUCUCUCUCUCUCUCUCUCUCUCUCUCUCACGGGACGAGACACGGGAAAAAGACAGGCAAGCGGCAGAGGGCGUCGCUGUGAACUGCCA